AUGGAAUUUGUAAGAAUCAAUAGUACGAAAGCUACUUGGUUAAAUGCAAUCAAUAUGAUUCCUUCGUUGUUGGAGUUGCAUUUACCUCAAUGCGAGCUUCAAAAUAUUCUUGAUACUCUUCCUUGGUUGUCUAAUCUUACUAGCCUUACCAAGCUUGAUCUUAGCUCAAAUUCUUUUAAUGGUUCUAUCCCUAGUGAGUUUGGCAAUUUGGUAGCUCUUGAAGACCUUGAUUUGACCUCAAAUAAUAUUGGUGGUCACUUUCCAAGGUCUCUGGAGUUGAAGAACCUAAAACUUGCUGCAAACAAACUUACUAAGGGGAUUUAUGAAUUUCAAAAUUUGCAUCUUUCUGACAAUCGUCUGAAUGGUACAAUUCCAUCAUCCAUUUGUAAGUUGGUAAAUUUGCAAGUUCUUUCCAUAAGGAACAAUGAUCUUCAUGGAAAAUCAUUGAAUGUUGGGAAACUCUGCAAUCUUUGUGGGUUGUGGAUGUAUCAAACAACAGUUUAUCAUGAAGCAUCCCUAGCUCACUCGAAACAGCAGUCAUCAGUACUAUCAUGUCUUUCAGUACCGGUUGACCUACUUCAAGAACUGGUAACAAAAGGAAGAGAGUAUGAAUUUAACCAUGACAUCGAAUUAUUGAAUGCCACUGAUCUUUCAGAGAAUAAUCUCAAAGGGGAAAUUCCUGAUGAGCUAACAAGCCUGAAGGCAUUGCGAGUUCUGAAUUUGUCAAGGAAUCAUCUUAGUGGAAGCAUUCCAAAGAAAAUAGAAAACCUGAAGAUGUUGGAAACAUUUGAUCUGUCAAGCAACAACCUUUCUAGGAUAGUUCCUCAAAGCUUGUCUUCAUUAACAUUUUUAAGUCAUUUAGACUAG